AUGUCCCAAUUAAAAAAAUUAAAAGAGAUGCGAGCCGCGGUCGAUUGGAAUUUAGUAAAGGAGCGACGUGAUCUUCUCCUUCGACUUUUUCACUUGACGAGCGACUGGAAGGUACAGCUUCCGAAUCUUCUAGAAAUUUUCCGUGCCGAAGAAAUUGACUGGCUUCUCAUGGAGGCUACCAAAAAUACGAAAGAUCCUCUUAAACUGCAACGAUUUAUCAAGUUUGUAGCUCGAACAGGCUUCAGGGACGAGCCGAAACUCGACGAGGCAGGCGAGCCAAUAUCUCGUCGCGUCACAGCAAUGCACAUCGCAGCUGCAUCCGGGUUGAACGUGAUUCGUGACCUUUUCGAAAUAUACGACAGAUUUGACGUGAAUUUCAGCUGUGAAUACGGUAUUACUCAUUUUCAUCUGGCUUGCGAGUUUGGCUUGGACGACGUGGUGAAGAAAUUCCUCGACCUUGGCCAGGAUCCCAAUCUCCUCGUGCAUCAUACAGGUGAUUCGCCGCUACACUUUGCUGCGGCAGUUAAUUACGACGACACAUCGAAGGUCAUCGAGUUGCUAUUGAGGAGGGGAGCCAAAUCAAAUUUAGCUAACAAGGCGGGACAGACUCCUCUGCACAAUUUUUCCAUGCAUACCGAUGAUGAUCACGUUGACUUGGCCAAGUUUUUUUUCAAGAUCUGCGACGACCUGCGGCAUAUGGUGCCGGUCAAUUUCAGGGACAAGUCGGGUAGGACGCCGCUGCACUUGGCUGUGAAAUACAGAAAUAAGAAGCUCGUCGCAUUGCUGCUGAAACGAAGCGCCAAUCCGAAUUUCAUCGAUCACGAGGGUUCGACUCCUCUACACUAUAUUUGCGAGAGAGUCGACGACGGAGGUUUGGCGAAAAUGUUAUUCGAAUUCUGCGACAAAAACAAUUGA